UUUGUGAAGUAUCUACUUAUCAAAAACUUUGAACAAUUGAACUAUGGAACGUGCCGGUACAGAGUACACACCGUGACGAAGUCGUUUGAACCCGUACACGAGUUCCCAAGUCUCCAACUCAGAACUAAGAAUAUGGCUUCUGCUUCUUCAAUCUCUGCUUCCACCUCCAAUUUAUCCGAAGAAGAGCUCACUCUCACUGUCAAGUGGAGCGGCAAGGAGUACACCGUCCGGGUCUGUGGGGACGACUCUGUGGCCGAGUUGAAACGUCGAAUCUGUGAACUCACUAAUGUUUUGCCCAAAAGACAGAAGCUUCUUUACCCAAAAGUCGGAAACAAACUCGCCGAUGACUCUGUUUUGCUCUCGCAACUUCCCCUUAAGGCUUUUCUCAAGAUGACCAUGAUUGGUACCGUUGAAGAUGAAAUAAUUGUGGAUCCAGUGGAAUCUCCAGAAAUUAUUGAUGAUUUUGAACUUCGACAAGAAGAAGCUGUUGACAUUAAGGAUAAAGAGGUUAAUAAGCAGAAAUUGAGGAGACGUGUGAACCAAUACAAGAUUCAACUACGAACACCAUGCCGUGAAGGAAAGAAACUGCUUGUUUUGGAUAUUGAUUAUACUUUAUUUGAUCACCGGUCCACGGCAGAGAAUCCACUUCAACUUAUGAGGCCUUAUCUUCAUGAGUUUCUGACUGCUGCCUAUGCUGAGUAUGACAUCAUGAUAUGGUCUGCAACCAGCAUGAAGUGGGUUGAGUUGAAGAUGGAAGAGCUUGGGGUUCUCAAUAAUCCAAACUACAAAAUCACAGCACUUCUAGACCAUUUAGCUAUGAUCACAGUUCAAUCAGAUUCUCGUGGAAUUUUCGAUUGCAAGCCACUUGGCUUGAUCUGGGCUCAGUUUCCUGAGUUUUAUAGUUCCAAAAACACCAUAAUGUUUGAUGAUCUACGAAGAAAUUUUGUGUUAAAUCCACAGAAUGGGUUGACAAUCAGGCCAUUCAGGAAGGCCCAUGCAAAUCGAGAGAGUGAUCAGGAACUUGUCAAACUCAUGCAAUACCUGCUAGCCAUUGCCGAUCUUGAUGACUUGAGCUCCCUUGAUCACGGUAACUGGGAAUAUUAUUUCGAGGAUAGUGCCAAAAGAUGCAGGCAUGCAUGAGUGAUGUUAGCAAGCUUUGAAAUUUCAAACUGUUACUAUGACCACCUUUUUAAGGUAUGUUUUACGUCCUCCAUUUAGUGUCUAAACUGGAUACAUCAUGAAAAUGUUUUAAUAGAAUAGACAGAACCUUGAAAAUAUCUGAACUUUGCCGGAUUUCCAGUUUUGCAGCUAGUUUUUUAUCUUUACAUAUGCACCGGAAUUCAAAUUUUGGUUUGAUGAAUGUGGCUUAUUUGGUUCAACUA